AUGGUUAAAGAACAAUGCAGACGUAGACAUGAUGAUGGAACAGAGGGUAGAGAAACUGAUAAGGUAGUGAGUUGUCGUAAUGGAAAAUUUUCAGAAUUAUUAAGAAGAAAGUGGUUUGUUCAAGAACAUCAAUUAUCUAAUCAUAAUGAGGUUAUUCAUGCUUAUAAUUAUGUUGGGAAGGAACAAGCUAAAAGAAUUGCAGAUUCACAUCACCCACCAUGA